CAUUCUCCACGCAAGAUGAUGGCUCUCACCAGUUCGUCCGGGCCUUCACAAGAGCGCCUUAUAAUGAACAGUAUGCAGUAUGCAAAGUCUUCGCAGAACCCUCGUCUGAACAAUGGCUUGAGGUGAGGGUUUUUUCAGCUGUUCGUUCUGACUCUCUCUCAACCAUUUCCAUCGACCUCGACCCUAGAUUCAAAGAGGUAUACCCCAUAUUGGACCAGCCGAUCGUUCCAAGUGGCCAUGUCUAGCCAGUCAGCAUUCUAUGAGACCGAGGACUGGCCACUACAACCUUCCCCUCGACACAGCAGCAGAUCUCUCAGUCUCUCUUCAGAAGCUGCCAGUAUACACUUUUCCAAUUUCCCACUACCGCCGACACCUUCGACGUCUCGCCCUCCCAGUGAUACAAGUAGAGUCUCUUCCGGCACUUCAACGAUUCACACCAUUCACGUCCCGCUCUCCAAAGCGUUCAUCAUCUCCUUUUGCAAGGGCAGCAAACUUUUCAAGUUGAGAUAUUCGCAGAUCGAGCUGGAAAAGAAUAUCGCUGGCUCAGUCAAACGUAUCUUGCUGAGCGACUCUUGCGCCACGCACAGCACACUCGUUCACUCUUUUUCCGACGCAAGAGCACCUAUACCACACCUUGAACAGCCCGUCACGUCGACGUCGAGCCACGUCUCUCGGAUCUCGUUCCUGGAAGAGCAGACACUUCAAAGCGGACCGACGUUAUUUCAAGCAGAACCUCAGUACACUUUUGAUUCCUGGGAAGAUUGUGUGAAUUUCCAAGAAGCCAUCCUUGGUCAAACGAUAGUGUUCACGGCUGGGAUCGCAGAGGCCAAGUCUAAAGGGCGAGGAGAAGAAUGCAUCAGCCAAAAUUUACGCAUAUUGCGAGGGCGUAAUGGGCGACAAAUUAUCCUUUUCUUUGCCAAUUCUCAAAGGAGAGAGAGGAAGAAGUACAUCACCAUCCCCCUUGACUGCAUCGAUCGUAUCGAACAGACCAAAAGGUCCGGGCGACCUCUCUCGCUUUCGUUACGACCCAAUUUUGAGCUCCUUACUCAACUGAAAUCACUGCAGAUAUUGUUUCUUGACGAGAACGACCAAAAACGAUUCUUCGGCCUCCUUUGUCACGGUGUAGGAUAUCAAGCAUAGAAGGGGGCAUUGACACAUUGGUUUAAUAGAGGAUACUGUAUGAGCGUACGAGCGAUGUUUAAGAUACCCAGCGGAAACACUCUGUGCUUGUCUCGUAUUGCGACAAGUACUGGAGGCGGAUGAUUAUGAAUUGGAUGGGAAUAUUGGGAAGCACCAUUUUGUACGGCUUGCCGGAGAGUCGUAGCCUAGAUGCUUCAUCCCACACUAGAUACAAACUGCACUAGACAUUGCGACGGGAUGCACGGAUAUGACCUGGACAUUCCCGAGGAUAUUUCAGGUAAAAGGAGUUGUUGUGGGUGCAGGGGGAUUUUCUGUGACAAGGGCAAUUGAUGCCUCGAAGUUGCACGUGG